AUGGUAUAUGCCGUUAGACCGUCGUACCGCAGGGGCGACCAAGGCCCAGUGGAAGCCUUCGGCAUCCUCAGCUCUGCCAUCAUCUCGCUCGCGCUCCUGCCCCAAUACUACGAAAUCUACAAGCACCGCGAGGUCGUCGGGAUCUCCGUCACGUUCAUGACGGUGGACAUGCUCGGCGGCGUCUUCAGCGACCUCUCGCUCGCGUUCAAGCAGAAAUUCGACGUCAUCGCCGCCGUGACGUACUCGCUCGUUGUGGUGCUGGACGGCAUCGUAAUCGUCCUAGCCCUCAUACUGAAUCCGCUGGCCGCGAAGCGUCGCAAACGCGCCGCCCUUGCGCUUACAGAGACGGACGUGCACGCGGAGGGAUCCCAAGCCGAGGUGGGCCGGAUUGUAGGCGCAUCCCCCAAUUCGCGCGAUUCGCUAGGGGACAGAGAUCUGGACGUUAUUUUGGAGGAUCGCAAUACACAGCUCGUGCUGCCCAAGGGCGACGACGGACAAGAGGAGAAACCCCACGGUUAG